AAGCGCGUUCGUAUAGUUGGUUCGUUACUUUCAAAUUGAUGGCAAUUAGGAGGAGAGCGGAUGUCUUGGAUCCAGACUUUACUGUUAUAAGACGACAAAUAUCCAAACUAAUGCAACAUAGCAUUCAAGAUUGUAAAAGCUUUCUCUUGAUGCUAAAAUCAUUGUUUCCGAGUUCAAUAAAGUUAGAAGUAAACGUCUAAUAAUGUAUCACACUUAGAUAAUUGAGUAUGAACUUAUGCAGGAGUAUGGAGACGCUACUUUGGCUGCUGAAAUUCUGUGUCGUCUGUAAUCAUGUUCUAUAUCACAUUAAUCAUGUAGGUAUGAAACUCAAAGGCAUCUUGAUAUGACACAAAUCGAACUUCUUAGCAAAAUAGUUAAGAAUCCUACUGAUAAAGUGUGUUGUGAUAUAUUCUCGCGCACCAACCCGUCGCUACAGAAGGACUUGACAUUAUCUUAUUUCAACCAGAUGUCCGAUGAGCUGGGAAGAGCGGAAAGCAUUAUUUUUCUACUGAAUCUUAAAGACGUAGUCUUUUACCCUCAGGUUCUACCCGUACUUUUGGCACUGGUUUAUCAAAGCCUCAUAGACGGUGAGCUCUCCAUGCAUAAGAGUAACCGAAUAUCAACCAGCAGUGGUAUAAUGUGCCAUUCAUCACCCACAGAUAACUAUGGAUCGUUAAUAAAAAAUGAGAAUGUUGACGAAGGUGAAGAGGGAGAGGUAAUGGGGUGUGAUGACGAGGACGAGUUUGCGGAUGAGCUUGACAAUCCAACUCCCGAGAUCGGAGAUAAUCCUUGGACUGAUAUAUCUAGUUCAGUCCUCAAUGUUUAUCGUUUCAAGAUAACUUAUGAAUUGCUUCCACUAGCGUACAAGGCUAGUUCUUCCUCGAAAAUGGAUAAAAAUGUCGUCUACAAGAUUUCGGUAACUUCAAUCAAUUUUCUGAUUACAUACAUAACACAUGUCCCAGCAAACCCAUCUAUCGAAGGAUUAGAAAAAAACGAGUUAUUAGCCAAGAAGGAUCCGAAAAAUUACAUAACAGACUGUUUAAAAAUGAUAGGGCAUUUAUUACAAUGGCCUAUCACUACGUUCGACUUUACAUCUAGUAAAACUGCAUCCUAUCUUGUUCAACAGACUAGAAAUUUGUUUCGGGAGGCCAAAUCUUCAUUUGAUGGUGUGUCAACAAAAAGAGACUCGCGAUCUGGUCGUAAAAUAUCUUCGUUCUCUUUGAGUCAUAAGUCUCAUGCCAUAGUUUUUCAGGCUCUGUGUAUGUUUUGGUACACAUUUGUUGAUUUAAGUGCAGAUUAUUUGCACAACGUUCACAACAGGAUAUUCGACGGUAGUGUAGGAAAUAGCACUUCACCUACAGUUUUAUAUUUGCCUAUCAACCUAGAUAUUCUAUUCAACUCAACUUCUCAUAAAAAUGUUUCUUUUGAAAAUGAAGAGAUUAUUCUCUUAAAGCACAUACAUGAAGUCUGGAGUCUUCGUGAAUAUACUUCUACCUCAUACUCAUUUGGCAGCAAGGAAAUAGAUUCGUUGGAUAAUGUCCAUCCUCACUCAAAUAAUUCAUCCGGAUUCAACCAAGAAACACUGUUUGAGCAAAUUAUUCGUUUCCACUUUGCCAUUAGUGGCCUGAAUAAUAAUUCGCAGGAAAUAAUAUGGGCUUGUAAUUUUGUGAAAAAACUCAGUGACCAGUUGAAGUCAGUUUCUCGUACAUCCUCUAACUAUAACUUAUAUAAUAGUGCAGAGCUUAAGCUUAUAUCCUGGGUCCUUCAGAUGCUUUUGUUAUCUCAUGACCAUAAUAAAUGUAAGGUCGUGGUAAAGUCAGAAGCAUGUAAUGGGUUGUGGGAUCAAUUCCUUCAAGAUUUCAAAUCGCUGUCAUUACUUUUUAACCAGAGUAAAGAUGAGAAGAUUUGCAUUCAAAACAUUUGUUCUCUCGUACCACUCACUCGUCAGUGUAUAGUUUUUAUCGUGUCAAAAACAUUAGCAAGUUACCUGUGUACUAUUUCUCGACGAACGACAAACCCGACUCUUGCUGUCGAUUCCGCUUGCUUGGCAUGUAUCCUUUGUCAAGUUGAUGGGAAGUUUGGCGAUAUUUCUCAUCCGGCCGCUCAGUGGCCAUCUCUGUCCCCAUACCUCUCGGAAGUCAUACAUACUCAUUGGGUUGAUAUACGAGAUCGUUUUUUAAAGUGGAUCAUAUCUCCCCAUACAUUCAUUUUCGACGUUGACCUGUUGAACACUAUUUUCCGAUUGGAAUCCAACGUUGGGACAGGUAGUGAUUGGUAAGUUGGUUAUUCCUUCCCCAUAUUUUAGGUAUCACAAUAACUUUGCAAGAUAUUUCGUUAUUUUUUGGCACCAUGACCAUUAAAUUUCUCGGUUAUUACAAAUUUAUGUAAUCAAUUUGCAGUCAUUUAUAUAAUGUCUUUUUCUUCAUACGUAUUGGGUGAUGAAUUUUUCCCUUUUAUUCAAAAUCAAUAAAUCGAUCGGCUCUCCUAGAAGUCUAUCAGGUUUUUGAGUCCUGAAAAGCUUUACUGUUCCAUAUGUUCUUCAACUAUAAGAAUGCUUUGCCAAUCCUCACGUUUACGUCUGCAUCAAAUCCUCUACGUUCAUCGAUAAUGCUGUCUGGGUACGUGAAAGUUCCCACCUCUUCCAGAGUUUCUCCAUCAAGUGUGGUUGGGUGGGUGUUCUUGUUGUAUUUGAGGAUUUUGGUUUUUUCCUUGUGUAUAUUGAAGCGUAUUGAUGCAGAGACUACUACUACACUAGUUGUCUUCAUCUGCGUUAGUUGGUGUGUAUGUGAUAGAAGGUUCAUGUGAUCUACGAAGUCGAAAUCGUCUAGUUGCAUCCAACCUGUCUAUUGUAUUCUGUGCUUCCUCUCAUGUGUGGAGGUCAUCAUAAUCCAGCCAACCACUAGAAGGAAGAGAAAGGGUGGGAGUAAACAGCUAUAUCUGACACUAGUCCUCGCUUGGAAUGCGUUUGUCAGCUAUCCUCUUUGCACGACUUAGCAGUGUAAUCCGUCAUAUGAAUUCCGUAUGAUGGUGACCAUCUCAGGUACUCCAUAAUUUAGAGAAAUUUUCAUUAUAAUCUAUUCACACUGUCAACUGCCUUCUCAUAGUCAAGGAAGUUGAUGUAUAGUGACGAUUUCCAUUCGAUUGUUUGUUCAACGAUUAACUGUAGUGUUCCGACUUUAGUCAGUGCACGACCGAACCCCACGGAUUACGGCCUGUCAAUCUCGAAUAUGGGCGUCUACUGAAUCUUCUACGCGGUUCAACAUCACUGUUGAAAACUUUUCCUGGUACUGACAAUAGUGUGAUGCCUUUGUAGUUCUCACAUUUGCUCUGAUCUUCCUUUGGAAUCUUGAUGUGUUAUUCUUCUCAGUCUUACGUCUUUCGCUCUUCCCAAGUGUUUCCGGAUAGAACGUGGAGUAUGUUUGCAGUUACUUCUGUCUGUGAUUUCAGUGCUUUAGUUAUUAUGUUGUCAGGUCCUACUGCCCCCCAUUCUCGGUUUGUCUGAUAGUCACGCUCAUUUCUUCAAUCGUUGGUAGGGUAGAAGUUAUGAAAAUAUCUUAAGUUGCUGCUUCGAUGUCCGAUGACCUGAAUUUUUUAGUUGUACAAAUAUCUAUCUGGUCCUCUGUUGUGUGGUCCGGUGAGACCCAUGUAGCUUUGUGUAUGCAUUUGUUUGGGAAAAUCGUGCCACCUAUAACCAUUUUGUCGAAUGCAUAUAGAUUUGCAAAACUUUCACCAUUCUUGUUCCUUGCAGUCCAUAUCGUCCCAUGAUGUCUUCAUACCCUGUGUUAUCCAUUCUGGAUUUGGUGUGUAGAUCUUCUAUCAGGAUGGUGAGUUCCUUUCUUAAACACUUCUCUAUAAUCGAUUGUAGCUUCUUGUGGAACUGAUCUUUAUCAUCAUUUCUGUCAUUGGUGGGCACACAGCACUUGAUAAUAUUCAUUGUAAUUCCCUCGUUUGUUUUGAAUGAUGCUUUGAUAAUUCUGGAUCUAUGAGAUUCCCAUUCUAUAAGUAUUUUCCAUUCUUUUUUGAACAUCAGAGCAACUUGUCUGUGCGAAGCAUUUUCUUCUUUAUGACCAGUAUAGAGCAUCAUCCCCUUCGAAUGUAACCUUUUCUGUCCAGCUUGGGUCCAAUGGUUUUGCUGAUUUCAAGCACUGUCAAAAUGUAUCUCCUCAUUUCCGUUGCUAUUUGACUGGUCUUCACAGUCUCCCACAUUGUCCGGACGUUCCAUGUACCUCUAAAAAAUUGUUGCUGUGGUUGUUAAAAGGGACAUCGGCCUCGUGAUUUCCUAAGAAUCUCAAAUUUCACCAUAAGGCGUCAUAAUUUUUCUGAAUGAAGAUCCUUCAACUCGGUCAAAUCGUGAUACCUUUUUAUCGCGUUGCACACACCUCGUUCAGUCCAAACCACCUGAUGCAGUAGAUUCAGUUCUUGAGUUCAUUCAUUUGGAAUCUUCGAAUAUUUCAAUUUGCUUAGCAUCACUUCAAUUAUAAAAAAAACAUUUUGUAACCCUGUAUCAUAUAAAAAUCAUUUCAAUAUUAUCUUGAUUCG